AUGGACGUCGACGCGCGACCGCAAACGGGUCUGCGCGCGUAUUACGACGCGAAAAUCGAAGAGUUGGAGGUUCGCCUGCGCGACAAGACGCAGAAUCUUCGACGCUUAGAGGCGCAGAGAAAUGAAUUGAACGGACGAGUUCGAUCGCUUCGCGAGGAAUUGCACAUGUUGCAGGAACCCGGAUCGUACGUCGGGGAGGUGGUGAAGGUGAUGGGGAAGAAGAAAGUGUUGGUCAAGGUGCACCCGGAGGGAAAAUACGUGUGUGAUAUGGACAAGAGCAUCGAUGUGACGAAACUGACGGCGGGGACUCGGGUGGCGUUGAGGAACGAUUCGUACACGCUGCACGUGAUCCUUCCGUCGAACAUCGACCCGCUCGUGUCGCUCAUGAAGGUUGAAAAGGUUCCCGAUUCCACGUUCGAUAUGAUUGGUGGAUUGGAUCAGCAAGUGAAGGAGAUCAAGGAAGUCGUGGAGUUACCGAUCAAGCACCCAGAGCUUUUCGACGCGCUCGGGAUCGCGCAACCGAAGGGGGUCAUCCUUUACGGUCCCCCGGGUACCGGGAAGACGCUCUUGGCUCGUGCCGUUGCGCACCACACCGAUUGCUGCUUCAUUCGCGUGUCUGGUUCGGAAUUAGUUCAAAAGUACAUAGGAGAAGGGGCGCGGAUGGUUCGUGAACUGUUCGUCAUGGCUCGCGAGCACGCGCCGAGCAUCUUGUUCAUGGAUGAAGUAGAUUCUAUCGGUAGCGCUCGCGACGGAGGCGGCGGAGGUGGAGGCGACAGCGAAGUGCAGCGUACGAUGCUUGAACUGCUCAACCAGCUCGACGGUUUCGAGGCGACGAACAAGAUUAAGGUGAUCAUGGCCACGAACCGCCUCGAUAUCCUCGAUCAGGCGCUUCUUCGUCCGGGCCGCAUCGAUCGUAAAAUCGAGUUCCCCAAUCCAUCUGAAGACAGCCGCGUCGAUAUUCUCAAGAUUCAUAGCCGCAAGAUGAACCUCGUUCGCGGGAUCGAUCUUAAGAAGAUCGCGAGCAAGAUGGGUGGGGCUUCCGGGGCAGAAUCCAAGGCGGUGUGCACCGAGGCCGGAAUGUUCGCGCUUCGCGAACGUCGCGUCCACGUCACGCAAGAAGACUUUGAAAUGGCCGUAUCCAAGGUGAUGCAAAAGGAUAGCGAAAAGAACAUUUCCGUGAAAAAGCUCUUUUCGUAA